AUGGCAAGCCAAUGGGAUUUUACCGACCUAGAAGAGGAAAUGACCUGUCCCAUCUGCCUGGACAUUCUGCAGGACCCUGUCACCAUUGAGUGCGGGCACAACUUCUGCAAUUUUUGCAUCACUCAGCUUCAGGAAGCCUCUAAGUAUCACAUCAAAUGUUUCCGCUGCAAAACUUAUAUGAAGAAGAACACAUAUGCACCCAAUUUGCUGUUGGCAAAUCUGAUAGAGAAAAUUCGAGGUAUGGAUCCCUCAGAGAGGCAGCAGAAAGAAAAAGAGCUGAGAUUUCCAAAGCAUGGGGAGAAGCUGCACUAUGUCUGUGAAGCAGAUGGGCAAUUCCUUUGUGUGGUGUGUCAUGACUCGAAGGAGCACAAACUACAUGUAUCCAGAGUGAUAGAAGAAGCUGUCAAGCAUCGCCAGGAGCAGAUCCAAUCGCAUGUGGGGAUCUUGGAGCAAAAGGAGCAGGAACUGGUACACAUGAAGGCUCAAGUUGACAAGAAUAUCAGCCAGUUCAAGAUUAUACAUCUCACCAGCCAAGAUAAGUACAAAUUGAUAGAAGGAGGAUGUAAAAAGAUAUUGCAAGAUAAUGACAAGGUAAAGCAGACAGAUGUAGCCAUUCUUAUAUCAGAUGUUAUAGACUUUGAUUUGAAAAACAUUGCCCAGGUGCAUGUUGAGAAACAACGGAUCCACACGGAAUUCACGCACCUGCAGCAGGUGCUGGAGGAGAAUAAGAACUUUCUCCUAUCCAACAUCGAGCAGCAGGCUCAGCAUGGAGUCAAAGAGUGUGAGCACUACAACGCUGCCACCCAGGCACUGCUCACCUCACUCAAGGAUCUCAAGGAUUCCCUGAAGGCCAAGGAGCAGAUGCUACCCAGACAGCUGCUGCAGGGCAUCAAAGGCAUCUUGCACAGGAGUGAAGAGUUUCAGGUUCAGCUUCACAGCAAAACCCCAAUUCCUCUGGACCUUGAUCAACAACUCAAUGAAGCAAAGUCCAGACAUGACUCUGUGAUUGACACCCUGAGGAAAUGUGGAGACCAGCUCAAGGAUGGCACUAAGAAAGAUCAAGACAAGAUGCUUCAAGACAAGAGGACAACCUGCCAGCAGACCAGUGACCCAACUUUCACCACAGGAUCCUCAACUCUCCACACCCCAACUCUAUGCCAACCCCGAUAUCGGUCAUCCUUCACGAUAAAUUUGGCUAGUCCAGACCCUCGCCUGCUAAAAGGCAAAACGUUUCUCGCGAGAGCUCCCGGGAAUGCUAGUGAGGAUGACGCCAGGAACACUAGGAGCACCCAUGGCCCCUCGAGCUCUUUGGAGCUGCAGCUGAUGCUGACCCCUGUGAUCUUCAAUGUGGCCUCGGCCCAUCCCGACCUCAAGUUUUCCCAGGAUCUGAAAACAGUGACGAUGGAUAUGAUCCUUCAGAAGUACUCAGAGGAUCCAGCAGAGCCGCAACACUUCUACCCGUCCCGUUGUGUGUUGGGCUCGCCAGGAUUCUCCACUGGCUGCCACAGCUGGGUGGUGGAGCGCAGUGGACCCCAGGACGGGUCAUGUGUCCUGGGCGUGGCAUGGGAGCAGGCCCCUCGAAAGGGCGGCCUGACCCUGGAGCCAAAGAGUGGCUUCUGGGUGCUGCGCUUCACCAGUUCCAAUUGCAGGGCACUCACUGGGAGAGACUCAUGGGAGCUCCUACCGGUCUGUCCCAGGAGAGUGGGAGUCUGCGUGGAUCUUGAGGGCGAAGAGGUCAGCUUCUACGACCCUGAUACCAAGGACCACAUCUACACUUUCCAGGCCUCCUUCCCGGGAAAGAUCUUCCCUUUCUUCAAGCUGCUGUUCUCAGGCACCCAACUCACCCUGAGCCCCUAG